UAUUUAUAUUUAUAUUUAUAUUUUUUCCCUGCAUAAAAACUAUGUUGCCGUUCCUCCAGCAUGAACGGCAAAGCGAAUGGCCGGAAGCUUGCAGCUCCCUUUGGUUGACUUGUUCUCAGCCGACCGUGCUGCUGCCGUCCAAUCAAUCCGUGAGGCUUGCUUGGAAUAUGGUUUUUUCUACAUAAAAAAUCAUGGAAUCGAUAGGGAGAUCCAGCUGGUCUUUCGCGAGAGCGAGAAAUUUUUUUCUUUGCCUUUUGAUGAGAAGAUGAAGCUUCAACGCAACGAUGAUCACAGAGGAUAUACUCCUCCUUAUGCUGAGAAUCUGGACCCAUCCUCUAAAUCCAAAGGAGAUUUGAAGGAGAGUUUCUACAUAGGUCCAGCCAAAAGCUGCAAAUCUAUUCUCGAGUCAAAUCAGUGGCCUUCCGAAGCGAGCCUGCCAUUAUGGAGAGCUACAAUGGUUUCUUACCAUGAAAAAGUCCUAUGUUUCUUGUUCAUUAGUGAGACAAAUGCACUUAGACCAUUCUUAGAUUAAUUUACAGGAGGUAUAGUUGUUUUAGCUUUUGAUUUUUUGACAAAAUGUUAAAUUCUUAAUUCGUUGGAAUUGAAUUUUUUUCAGCUAGGGUAGAAUGAUGCAUAUCUACGAGUCUACAUUCAUUAGUACACAAAUCCUGUGCAUGGAUAUUGAUUUAGUUGCCUCUAUUACAUAGCUUAUGUUUUUCUUUUUCUUCUUUUUUUUUUUGGAUAAAAUAUGCCUUGAUGAUCCUAUUGAGAACGUGAUGAGGUCAUCGAUCAACGGUUCAGACACGUGUAUCGCCGGAAGCAUCGCCGAUCGAUGGCCACGAUUCAGAGCUUAUAUUUUUAGUUAUUCAUGCAUUUUCAGUUUUCGGUAUUCCUGUUUUACCCUUGUGUGUGAGUGAGUCAUGUUGGGGCCCCGAGGGCGAUGUAGUCAUUAUUUAUGCUUUUAUUUUCUUGUACCUCAUGACCUAUAUAUAGGGGUCAUGUAUCAUUGUAUGAGGCUAAUGAAGAUUAUGAAAUUUUGUUUUGAUUUCCCUUGUCUUCUUCUUUUUCUCAUUGUGGAGAGUUAGAGAGGAGAGUGAAAGCCCAAGGUGAGGGCGAAACGCAACACCCACCAGUCAUUGGAAGAGUCCGUGGCUCGUGGUCUAUAUCCCGCAUCCGAUUUCCCCUCUUCCUCCCCAACCCGCCGGCCUCCCACUUCCCAUAGCCGCCGGCCUCCCUCCACCACCAUCAUCCGAUGGUGACUUUUCAAUCAUCGGUUUAAUCCCCGUCCCCUUCAAAUUCAGAUUUUUGAAAAUUCAAAAUUUGAAUUUCAAAAUCUUUCCUUUUUUAGAAAUUCCAAAUUAGGAAAGUUUUGAAUUCGUUUCAUGACAAAUUCCAAAUUUCAAAUGGAUUUUGUUUUAGUUCUUUUCAAAUCUCAUGCAAGCAAUUUUGGAAGCCACCCACUAGCACCCACACCAAAUCCCUCCUUCUAGAAACCGCCGGCCACAUGCUUGGGUGGAGCCCCAUUAAGGCUCCAUUAAGGCAUUGAAUCCUCUUGAAUUAGGAAUUAACUCCACUUAAUUUUCCCUCCUAAUUUACUUAAAACUGAAAUCUAAUUUCAGUUUUAAGUUUUCAAAUCCCUCUCCCCUCUAUUGACCGCCGGCCCCUCUCUUUGGCUUCCCCCUUGUUCUUUCCUUUUAAGGCUCCAUCAAUUUGAAUUCUAAUUCAAUUCCUAAUUAAUUUCCCUCCACAUUUAAUUAAAUCUGAAAUUUAUUUCAGAUUUGAUUAGGGACUAAUUAGGAUUGAAACUUUCAAACCCUAAGCUCUCCCCCCUUGCACCCGCCAACCCCCUCCCUCUCCCCUUGGAAUCCCGCCGGCCUCCUCCCUCAUUCUCACCUUCACAUCUUCAAGUUUUCUCCUCUCCUCGAUAUUCUUCAUCUUCCGGAGUAAGAUCCUCUCACGCCACUAUGCAUAGAGGAUCCCGAAGUUGACAAUGGAUUGGUGCUUGACGACGAAGGACAUAUGCACCCCACCCGCUCCCCUUCUUUGACGUCGCAUUCGGGUACGACGAAACAUUGGAGGAUUAUUUGAACCGCAUCCUACCCACACUCAUCGACAUCAUAGACGAGCGAUUUGAAGACUACGAGUGGACUAUUGAAAGCAAGACGUCCGUGUGUCAUCCACCGCCGGCAACCUUUCCGUGGUUCAAGACCAUUGGCGUUGCACCCUUCCUCGUAGCAUCGUUUGGUAUGCUGAAAUUCCUCUCCCGCAAAGCCUAGUCUAGUUGAGUGAUUAUUUCCCCAAGGUGAACUUCUCGUUAUUAAAUGGCGGAUUGUUGUAAUAGCUUUUAGUGUUGCUACUAUUUUUGGUUGUCUGAAAGUUUUGGCUAAUCUACAUACUUCUUCGCCUAAGCUAGUUGAUAACUACGAAACUUUAAUGAUUUUCUUGCUAUCGCCAUAAGUUAUUAGUUGUAAUUUCUUUGCCAACUCAAUUAUAAUUUCUUACGAAGCUCCUUGCAUUUGGUAUCACAUCAGAACAUGUUGAAUUAUCUAAAAUCCUUGUUGGUUUCGUUUGAUUCCAUAGGUUGAUUUGAGUCUCUAGCUACUAGUUCAAACAUUUGUUCUAAAAAUGUUUUGCUCUACAAGUCUUCGGACCCCUUAUUGUUCAACAACAACAUCAAGCCUUUGCCCACUACGUGGGGUCGGCUACAUGAAUCCUUUUUGUCUAUUGUAUCAUGUUAAAAGUCAAAUUCUCGUUUAAAUCUAAAAAAUAAAGAUCUUUUUUAAUAUUUUCUAACCAAGUCUUCGGACCGCUUAUUGUUCAUUGAAGUUAUUUCUUUUGGAGUCCCUGCUUUCAAUCUCCUGUUUCCUUCUAUAUGUGAUAUCUAUUGUAGCAAAGAAAGUAAGUUAGUGAUGUUUCUAUUUUAUUCUGAAGCAAAUUCAGGAAGUUGAUGUUUGAUGAACUGUUGCUAUUGAUUCUUUUAGCAGCUUGUUCUAGGGUCAAUUCCCUGUUGUUAUUGACUUAUUGUAGCUAUUGUUGGUCCUUCACUUGUAUUCGGCUUUUGGCCUUCCUUAUUUUCUGAUUUUUGAAAUUUAAACUUAUUUUGGUGUUCGUUGAAAUUGAGAGUUGCUGUUUUUUGCCACAUUUUGGGAUUUUGGGAAACUAUCAAUUGUGGGUUUAGAUUUGACUAUAAAUAGGACUCUAUGCAUGUAAAUUUCAUUCCAUAGUUCAAUAAAAUUUCAGAUUUUCUUUCAAACUUAUGUUUUGUGUUGGACACAAAUUUCUUAUAUGCAGUGUAAAGUUUCAUGACAACUUCCGUGGAAAGAUUUCAAUGAGUUUACAAAAGUUUAACAUCAUGCUUGAAAUAGAUUUGCUAGAUUGUAUGUUUGAAAAAUAGUUUUUUUUAAGGGACAAGCCCAAAUUGUAUUCAAUAGAAAGGGAAAUACAACGACCCAAUUAUAGCGUUUGAGAGCAUAAACACCAAAUUACAAUACAACGAUUGUGAACCAAAUCUCCAAAAGAAAAUAGCUAAGAUGAGAAUAUGAAAGCCUACAAAACAUCCAAGAAGAAAUGAUCCGAACAAAAAAUCAAAUACCACAACCUAGACGGUCUUAGUAAUGGAAAUCCUGCAACCACUGAUCCGCCAAGGAGGGACCAUCCAUUGGAGAUAGCAAGCCACAAGGCAACCAGCCGAAUAUCGCACAAGAAAGAAUCAUCAACCCACAAGGCAAUAUUAUACCACCAAGGUUACCAGCUAUCCAAGGCCAAACUAAUGGGACUAGCAAUGAGGUUAAUGAGACAAUUAUUAUCAUCAACUCUCUCAUUCCCACCUUCCUUGUUAUCGCCAGUGAUAGUCAAAACCAAAUCAGACACUUCCCCCUCAACAUCAACAUGACUACCCAAAGGAAAAGCAGAAGUCGGUUGUUCAUCGACUCCCAAAGAAGCAACUUCCACCUCAACACCAUAACCCGCAUCAGCAUCAGUAGGACCCAACACCAAAACCUUAUCAAUUUCAUCACAAAAAAAAUUCACAUUAUUCAACUCGUUAAUAAAAGGCGGAUGAGCGGACAAGGAAGGGAUAGAAGGAAUAUCUAAAUUACCUUAAACACCAUCACAAUAUGUAUUAAUAUUAACAUGUUUAGUGUCAUUAGUAGGACCAAUAUGUGGGGUAGAAGAAGGAUGAGGGCGGCAAUUCCCAAUCAAAUGCCCAAUACACUUAUAGGAAGCACAAAAUGGGGGAAAAACUUCUGUCACAACUUGCUGAAUAUAUCCAAAUUUCUCUGGCCCUAGUAAAACUUUAUAAGGAUAAGUUUUUGUUAUGUCAAGCUCAAUCAAAACCCGAGCCACUGAAGGAUGAGAGCCAACAUAAGUAGUAUUAUCAACCUUUAACGACCUGCCAAAAAUUAAACCCAAGCCAUGAAGGAUGCGGGGGGAGAAGAGGUGGGGAUAAAGGUUCGAGAAGGAAAUCCAGAUGGGGAUGACCGGGGACUCAACACCAACAUCAUAUAAAGGAGACCAUUUGGUCAAUUUCAAAUAGCAAUUGUUAACAAGCUAAGAUCUAGGACAAAAAAUUCUAUUGUAAUCUGAUGCGGGCCGCCGCCGACCGGCAGAGGGA